AUGGCGCUCAUGUAUGGAAAAGAAAAGGAUGACAAUGAUCUGGAUACUACAGACCCUGGCUUCUGCACGUUCUUCUCUAAGCUGCCCGCAAAAUCUCCAGACACGACGGGAACUGUGCGACUCUUCUCUCGGUAUGCUAACAACGAUAACUUCUACACCGCGCAUGGGCCGGAUGCGCUUUACAUCGCUCAACACGUGUUCCACACCAACUCGGUGCUAAAGUAUCUCGGGGCAGGCGGACGGCAGGCAGGACUGCCCAGCGUGAAUUUAAGCUCGAGUGUGGCAAAAACAUUCCUGCGGGAGGCCCUCACAGUCAAACAGUUGAAGGUGGAGAUAUGGGUGCCAGAGCCUGGGCAGGGAAGAAAGGCGAAAAAGUUCGUAUUGGACAAAGAGGCAUCCCCUGGCAACCUCUCGGCUGUCGAAGACCUUUUGUUCAUCGACAAUGAUAUCCUAUCAGCACCGAUGGUCAUGGCUAUCAAAAUCUCUUCCACGCCGUCUGUUCCAGGGUCUUCGAGCAAAGUCAAGAAUAAGACAGUCGGUAUCGCGUUCGCUGACUCCAGCACUCGCCAGCUCGGAGUCGCGGAUUUUGUGGACAAUGACCUGUUCUCGAACACCGAAACACUCGUAAUUCAGCUGGGCGUGAAAGAGGCUUUGAUAACCACAGGGACCGCAUCGGGCUCAACAGAUCGAGAUUUUGACCUCAAGAAGCUCAAAGAUGUACUUGAUCGCUGUGGAGUGGUCGUCACUGAGAGGAAACCCAGUGAAUUCACCGCGAAGCAUGUCGAUCAAGACCUCACUUGCCUUCUCGCUGCCACCCCUUCUGUAACAGCUGACGUGUCGACUGUGAUUCCGCAACUGAGCCUACCGACUGCACCAGGCGCUCUGGCGGGCCUACUCAUCUAUCUAUCUCUCUUAUCUGACUCUUCGAAUCACGGUGCGUGGACGAUCCGCACGCACGAUCUCGACCAAUAUAUGCGCCUCGACGCCAGUGCACUGCGUGCGUUGAACCUUGUCGAGGUUGGAGGGGGCACGUCGACGAGAAACACCACGCUGCUGGGCCUAUUGAACAAAUGCAAAACCGCGCAGGGUACUCGUAUGCUUGGCAGCUGGCUGAAACAGCCCCUCGUCAAUAGACACGAAAUAUUGAAAAAGCAGGAUUUGGUCGAGACCUUUGUCGAGGAUGGAAACGCGCGAAAGACACUUCAGGACGACUUCAUGAAGUUAAUGCCGGAUAUGCAUCGUAUCAGCAAGCGGUUUCAGAAAUCCGUGGCAUCGCUAGAAGAUGUCGUGCGCGUGUAUCAGGCUGUGCUCAAACUCAAGGGAUUGAUAGAGACACUCAAGCACGUAGAUACAAGAACCGACCGUGCAAAAGAGCUCAUCGAUGAGAUGUACCUUACACACUUCGAGAAAUACUCCGAGUCGCUUGAAAAGUACGCCGAGAUGGUCGAGCAGACACUCGACCUCACCGAGCUCGAACGGCACAAUUUUGUGAUUAAACCCGACUAUGACGAGCGAUUGCAGAAUCUAGCGGACAAAUUGUUCGAGGUCCGUGAUGGGCUGGACACGGAGCAUGCCGAAGUCGGCACGGACCUGGGGCUGGAGCUUGACAAGAAGCUUCAUCUGGAAAAUUCAGCGACUUAUGGUUACUGUUUCCGUUUGACGAAAAACGAUGCCAAGGCGAUACAAAACAAGCGCAAGUAUAUUGAGCUUGGGACGAUAAAAUCAGGGGUAUACUUCACGACGACAGGAUUGAAGGAACUUGCCGAGGAGUAUCAAAAUGCGACGCAGGCGUAUUCAAAAACGCAGAGUGGGUUGGUCAAAGAAGUUUCUGUAAUCCAUGAUAAUAACCUCGACGUUGACCUGGCGCGAUUGCUAGCAACAUACACACCGGUACUAGAGGCGCUCAAUGGCAAUCUUGCACACCUGGACGUCAUAUUAAGGCUUGUCGUGUUUCCUCCUCCGGUGGCAGUAAGCGCGCCGGAGCAGUAUGUCAAGCCCAUAGUGGUCGAGAAAGGAGCAGGAGACCUUGUUUUGAAAGAAGCUCGGCAUCCCUGUCUUGAAGUCCAAGAUGACAUGAGCUUCAUACCAAAUGAUGUAGAGAUGAUAAAGGACAAAAGUGAAUUCCAGAUUAUUACCGGGCCUAAUAUGGGCGGAAAGAGCACUUAUAUCCGACAGGUUGGCGUGAUUGCGCUCAUGGCGCAAACGGGCUCGUUCGUGCCUUGCUCGGAGGCACAAAUACCCAUCUUUGAUUCUAUCCUGUGUCGUGUGGGCGCAGGGGACAGUCAGCUGAAAGGGAUCUCCACGUUCAUGGCGGAGAUGUUAGAGACUGCUACGAUCUUGAAGUCUGCCACCAAAGAUUCGUUAAUUAUCAUCGAUGAGCUUGGUAGAGGCACAUCAACCUAUGAUGGCUUCGGACUUGCAUGGGCAAUUUCAGAGCACAUCGCGUCGCAGAUUCACGCUUUUUGCCUCUUCGCAACCCACUUCCACGAGCUCACCGCUCUCGACCAAGAGCUAUCGCAUGUGCAAAACUUGCAUGUCGUUGCGCAUGUGUCCGACUCUUCCGAGACAUCGAAAGAGAAGGACAUCACGUUGCUGUACAAAGUCGAACCCGGUGUCAGCGAUCAAAGUUUCGGUAUUCAUGUGGCGGAGCUGGCUAAUUUCCCGGAAUCCGUAGUCAAGCUUGCGCGGCGCACGGCCGAUGAGCUUGAGGACUUCAAAGUCGAUGAGUCGUCAAAAGAUGGAGAUUUCUCACCAGAGGUCACAGAAGAAGGCAUCAAGAUAGUUGAAGAUCUACUUAAGACCUGGGCUUCACGUACUUCGUCUUCAUCCAUGGACGACGGCGAGGAUGUAAUCAUGUCCGAUGAACUGUCACCACAAGCCCAGUUAGAAGAACUCAAAACGUGCUUCGCUGAGAUUCAGCCACGCAUUGAUGGAAAUCCAUGGGUCCAAUCUCUUCUCGCCUCGUUAUAGUCUGUCCUGAUUCAUGUUCUGUUUUACUCCUCACCGACGGAGGGUAACGCACCCGUAAACUGUACAUUGGUAUUCGCGCACGCUAUCACUUGCUAUGUUUUGCUAUGUUGCUAUUCUUUUGCUCCCGAAGCUCAUACGGACAAAAACAAUCGUGUUAUCGACAUCCUGGAUACGAGAAUAAUUCUGAAUCAGAGAAAUUGCGUACCCAGGAGCGGGGCGGAAGUUAGACGGAAUAGAUGCAUCAUGUAGAAGUUUACAAGGUCAUGAAUUCUCGACGAUUCCUGACGGAUGAGCUUUGAAAAACCAUAUUAAGAUCG